CCUUUUAUUGCCGAAAGUGUCGGUAAAAAUGAAAUCGACUGUUGUUAUUGUUAUCGGUGUUGUUACAACCGCAAUUGUCACAAUUGAAGCAGGACCAUUGGACCAUUUUUUAAAUGGACUUCAACCACAAAAUCAUUUUCUGGAGCAAAAAUUUAACAGGUCGCUGGAAGAGUUCCGACGAGUUUUGUCACACAAUGAUCCUUUUAUAAUUCCGAGACGAAUGGUGUCAGGUAAACUAUUUGACUUCUCAUUCGAUUCCGUCGUCUACAGUGGUUUUUCCGACUUUGUACUUCAAUAUUUUAACAUAGAUGUGACGCAGGAAUCAGCGACAGCGAGUCUCUACAUCAAAAAACUCUGCCUUGAAGCUAACAAUGUUCAUUUCAAAAUGAUAACGUCGGCUUCAACUAUAGAGAUAAAAAGAGCUGAGAUCAUUUUUAGAGACCUCUCUUAUGAUGCUUAUGGACAAUUCAAUGUACUUUUGAGAAGACUUGACGCGUUGAUUUCAUUUAACAGAGUAGAAAAGAUUGAGGUGUACAUUAAUGGAUACAUUUUUGGAAUCCCGAUAAAAGUUAGUGGAAAUCAACCUAUUUUGGGGGAUAUCUUUAACAUUGUCUCAGCCGAAUCAAACGCCUUCUUGGAUGUAUUUAUUAAACUGGUGGUCAAUUUAGCUUUGUUAUCGCUUUGAACGUCGCGCUAUACAUACCCGUUACUUCGUCACUAUUUGUGACUCGUCAGGAAAUGUUCUGUCCUUAUUUGACUGUUUAAUUUAUUUACGUAUUUAAUUAUAGAUAUAAUAAAAAGGAUACUGAUUUAAUAAAUAACUAAUUGGUUAAACAUUAAACUGUAAUUUAUAUCUUAGA